AUCAUCAUUUGCCAAACACAGCCUUGCUUCUUACUUUCCCUCCUUCAUCCUUCUUCAACAAUGGAGUCUAAUAAUCAUUGGAUUCUCAAAUAUGUAUUAUUAAUGAUUUUGUGUGUUAAAUCUUUAAGCGCUGAUGAUGCGACUUUAGAGGACGUGAUAAGAGAGAGUUCAAGAGUGCACAGAAACUUCACAGCAUUAUCAGAAUUCAGAACCAUAAAUAGAAGAGUGUUGCCAGAUUGCUCUGCUUCCAGCCCUAAUUUGAAGUUGAUGGUGAAUGUCAGUUCCUCCAAUUCAAGUUUGUCGGAUGAUGAGUUCAUCACAGUAACUGUCUCCGGCGUUUCUAGACCCUCCCAUGGAGAUUGGGUCGCCAUGAUCUCACCUUCCAAUUCUAAUGUUAACACUUGUCUUCAUAGCGAGUUAUACUAUGUACAAACUGGUGAUAUUGCCAAACUUCCACUACUUUGCCAUUACCCUGUUAAGGCACAAUUUAUGUCAAAUGAUCCAAAUUACCUUAAUUGCAAGAGCAAAGCAUGCAGUGGUUCAAUAAAAUUCCACGUCAUCAACAUUAGAACAGACAUCGAAUUUGUGUUCUUCACUGGUGGAUUCUUGACCCCAUGCUUUGUUGGAAGGUCAAAACCUUUGACUUUUUCUAAUCCUAAGAGGCCUCUCUAUGGCCACCUCUCAUCCACUGAUUCUACUUCAACUUCUAUGAGAUUAACAUGGGUUAGUGGAGAUAAUCAACCUCAACAAGUUCAAUAUGCAAAUGGGAAAUCAGCUACCUCAGUGAUCACCACAUUUUCACAAGAUGAUAUGUGCUCUUCAGCAUUGCUUCCAAGUCCUGCUAAGGAUUUUGGAUGGCAUGACCCUGGAUACAUCCAUUCAGCAGUUAUGACAGGACUUAGUCCUUCAACCACCUUCAACUACAGAUACGGAAGUGAUUAUGUUGGUUGGAGUGAACAAAUGAAGUUUUUAACUCCACCUGCUGGAGGAUCAGAUGAACUAAGAUUCAUUACAUAUGGUGAUAUGGGAAAAACUCCUCUUGAUGAUUCACAAGAACAUUACAUUCAGCCAGGAGCACUUUCAGUUAUUUCAUCUAUAGAUGAAGAAGUGAAAUCUGAGAAUGUAGACUCAGUGUUUCACAUUGGAGACAUAAGCUAUGCCACUGGUUUUCUAGCAGAAUGGGAUUUCUUCCUUAGCCUUGUUAAUCCAGUAGCUUCCAGAGUUUCUUAUAUGACAGCAAUUGGGAACCAUGAGAGGGAUUAUGUGAAUUCUGGUUCAGUAUAUAUCACUCCUGAUUCUGGUGGGGAAUGUGGAGUAGCAUAUGAAACAUAUUUUCCAAUGCCAACUUCAGCAAAGGAUAAGCCUUGGUACUCUAUUGAACAAGCAAGUGUUCAUUUCACUGUUAUAUCAACUGAGCAUGAUUGGUCACAAAAUUCUGAGCAGUAUGCAUGGAUGAAAAAGGACAUGGCUUCAGUUAAUAGACAAAAAACUCCAUGGCUAAUAUUCAUGGGGCAUAGACCAAUGUAUACCUCAGAUCAUUCAUCUGCUGACAAGAAUUUUGUUGCAGCUGUGGAGCCAUUGUUAUUAGCCAAUAAGGUUGAUUUGGUUCUUUUUGGGCAUGUGCAUAAUUAUGAGAGAACUUGUUCUGUAUAUCAAAACCAAUGUAAAGCCAUGCCCAAAAAGGAUUCAAAAGGAGUUGAUACAUAUGAUCAUAAAAAUUACAGUGCUCCUGUGCAUGUUGUUGUUGGCAAUGCUGGCUUCAUCUUAGACCAAUUUCCAAGCAGUGUGGAUAACUGGAGUCUGAUAAGGAUUUCUGAAUUUGGUUAUUUGAGAGCACAUGCUACUAGGAAUGAUUUGAGCUUAGAGCUUGUGACCGCGGAUACGAAAGAAGUUAAGGACAGUUUCCAUAUUACCAAGUGAAAGCUCACUGAAAAAUUCAUAUAUACAUAAAAUGAAAGGAAAGACUAAUAUAGGUUGAGAAGUGUAGACACACACACAGAGAUAGUAUGAGUAGUGAAAAUCAAAGAAUAGUCUGAGUCAAUUGCAGAACAAAUGUUUUUUUUUUUUUAUUCUUAGUAUAUAGUGCAUGUGAAAAUUCUCUCAUAUAAAGUUUUCUGAAUAUAUUCAGAAUACUGUUAUCACUUGUUCAAAUGUGUUCAAA